CCAAACAGCUUCCCUCUGGCCACAGACAGCUGGGCCUCGGGCCUCCCGCAGAGAUGCUGGGCCCCCAAGUCUGGGCCUCUGUGAGGAAGGGGCUGAGUAGGGGCUUGUCCAGGAACGUCAAGGGGAAGAAGGUGGACAUUGCGGGCAUCUAUCCCCCGGUGACCACCCCCUUCACGGCCACAGCAGAGGUAGACUAUGGGAAACUGGAGGAGAACCUGAACAAACUAAGCACCUUCCCCUUCCGAGGCUUCCUGGUCCAGGGCUCCACUGGAGAAUUUCCGUUCCUGACCAGCCUCGAGCGUCUGGAGGUGGUGAGCCGCGUGCGCCAGGCCAUACCCAAGGACAAACUCCUGAUAGCUGGCUCUGGCUGCGAGUCCACUCAAGCCACGGUAGAGAUGACUGUCAGCAUGGCACAGGUAGGCGCUGAUGCGGUCAUGGUCGUGACGCCUUCCUACUAUCGUGGUCGCAUGAACAGCGCUGCCCUCAUUCACCACUAUACCAAGGUUGCUGACCUCUCUCCAAUCCCUGUGGUGCUGUACAGUGUCCCAGCUAACACGGGACUGGAUCUGCCUGUGGAUGCGGUGAUCACAUUGUCCCAGCACCCGAAUAUCGUAGGCAUGAAGGACAGUGGUGGUGAUGUGACCAGGAUCGGCCUGAUUGUUCACAAGACCAGCAAGCAGGAAUUCCAGGUGUUGGCUGGGUCAGCCGGCUUCCUGCUGGCCAGCUACGCUGUGGGAGGUGUUGGGGGCAUGUGUUCCCUGGCCAAUGUCCUGGGGGCCCAGGUGUGCCAGCUGGAGCGACUCUGCCUCACAGGGCAGUGGGAAGCUGCCCAGAAGCUGCAGCACCGCCUCAUUGAACCCAACUCUGCGGUGACCCGGCGCUUUGGGAUCCCCGGGCUGAAGAAAACUAUGGACUGGUUUGGCCUCUAUGGAGGCCCCUGCCGCGCACCCUUGCAGAAGCUGAGCCCCACUGAGGAGGAGGCACUGCGCAUGGAUUUCAGCAACAAUGGCUGGCUCUGAUGACAAACAGGGGACACCUGGCCUGAGCUAUCUGGGACUCUUAUUCCCACAACUUGAAGAGGAUUAGGAAUUAGGGGCUUCUUUUCCACUCCAUUCCAGGUGGCUUUCAGCUCUUCUCACAGCCUGUGACUUCUCACAUAUGUGUCCUAGACACUGAGUCUCUAGAGACCUUCAACUGGAAAGGAGCAAUUUCUUGUCUCUUUACUGUGGGUGCUUUCCUCUGCCCUAAGGGGAAGGAUGGGGGUGCAGCUAGAAACUAAUGAAAUUGGUUACUGAAGGGACCACUACAUCAGACUUGGAGCUAGACAUCUGAAUCAGCAUGAUAUGGCUGGAAGCAGAGCUACUCCUAAGAACCCACAUUUGACCCCAGCAGCAGCUUAGGAAACCUGAUCAGGGAAGUAUCACUAGUCUUUGAAAGGCCUCCAAGCUGCAUUCCAGCCACCAAACCCUUUCAUAAAUCUACUCUAACUCAUCUCAUAUUCUUGCCUCUAGCUUUGAUCCCCCACCGAGUGACCAGUACAGGCCAGUGGCUUGUCAAACUGGUAAAUAAUGACACCUGGUGGAUAGACAACCUGACUACAUUCUAGACUAUUCGGACCAGUCCAGGUCUGAAACUUGGGGACUUGGACUGAGACAGGAUCAUCCUCUUGUCUACAAGGCAUUCUCUUUUAUUGUUUAAAAUUUUUACUUUAUUACUAUAAUAAAGUUUAAUGAAUGAAACAUGCCUAUGUACUAGAGUUCCUAGCCAGAUGCCAAGAACCUUCCCAAAGGCAGUAGAGCUCCCAGGGUUGGCCUUUUCUCACCACUGAGGCCUCAGCAAUGCUGAGCAAACAGCCAUUAGAAGAGUGGUGCCUAGGACAGUUUAAUGUUUUUUAUUAUGUGCGCACAUACACAUGUAUACAUAUGUAGGAAGCUAUGAUUGCCCGUGUAAGUCUGUCAGUGGAUCUCAAGUUGUCUUUUUGGUCAGACUGGCUGUCACGCAAGCUCCCAAGAUCUGCCUGCCUCUACCUCCCAGCAAUGGGGUUGCAGGCAUGCACACAACACCUGGCUUUUUAUGAAGGUGCUAGAGAUUGAACCCAGGUCUUUGUGUGUGUGUGUGUGUGUGUGUGUAGCAAGCUCUUUGCCUGUGCUAUCUCCUCAGUACGGUUUUGUAGGUUGUUUUCUUAUUCUGUCUGAGACAGUCUCCCUGUAGCCCCACCUGGCAUAAAACUCAGUAUGUAAGACCAGGCUUGACCUCAAUUUCACAGAGAUGUGCCUGCCUCUGCCUCCCAGUGUGGGGAUUAAAGGUGUAUGCCACUA